UGGCAAUACAGCCCCAUGUUACUGUCAUGAUGCUUGUACAGCACAGGCCCAGUCCAACUGGUCCAUAUUUUGAGGAGACAUACUUUUAUGUAACUAAUGUAUGUCAUUAUGUACAUCAUUAGUACAUAAGGUUGUUUCUCUUUUGAUAAUCAAAGAAUGGAGUUCCCCUCCUAGGUUAAAGCAUGAAAAGUGUGCGUCAAUUUAUUGCCUUUUGGGAGCGUAGCUUUAAUGAUUUGUUCUUGCUUCAAACCAAAGGGAUUCUCUUUUUUCUCAGUUAAUCUUUAUUAUCCCAGGCUACAGCUGUUCUAAUAAGCAUCCAUAUUAGUGGAAUACGUCCUGCUGAGAUGAAGGGAUUUACACCUCUAAACAAGCUUGGUGAUUGCCUCUCUGGAACAAGUGAACAUUUGAAAAGAAAUGUUUAAAUUUAUUUCUUUUAUUUUCUCAGAAAUGCUUCUUCAGACCAUAUUCCUGCUGUUGGCUGUUAUGCUGCACCAAUCUUCAGUGCAGGGGUAUGGUGCAAUAAUUGGCAAAAUCACUGACACGCAGAAGUCAGCAAUUGUUAACAUGCAUAAUGCCAUUAGGAGAGAGGUUCAGCCACCUGCCAGCAAUAUGAUGAAAAUGGUGUGGAGUGAAGAAGCUGCCAAGAAUGCUGAAAAAUGUAUCAGCAAGUGUUCGCCAGCUCCUAGUUCCAUAGAGGAGCGUACUGUGCAAGGAACAGUAUGUGGUGAGAUUGCACUGCAAACAAAUUAUCCCCCCACCUGGGCAAAUGUAAUUGACCAGUUUUCAAAGGGAUCAAAAUAUUUUAAGUAUGGUGUUGGAAAAACAGACCCAACAAAAGAUGUUUACGGUUAUACUCAGAUGAUCUGGCAUAAAUCAAACCAGGUUGGAUGCGCAACUGCCAUCUGCCCAGAGGCUGAAAAUAAAUUUUUCCAUCUUUGCCGCUACUGCCCUUCAGGAAACAUAGUAGGACAAUUGAACAAACCCUACAAAGAAGGCCCGCCAUGUGGAGAAUGCCCUAACAACUGCGAGGAUAAACUGUGCAGCAGCUCAUGCUCGUAUACUGAUGUAUAUGAAUCAUGUGCAGAUUUAUUACUGAUGUACUCUUGUAGCGAGCCAUUUGUUGAACAAGGCUGCGCACAUACUUGUAAAUGCCGAAAACAAAGACCAUAAGAAGUAUACAGUCAUUUCAAGAGUAAUCUUUAAAAAACUCUUCUAAAUUGAAAAAAAAGGAAAGAGCACAUUCAAAUGUUUUUGUUUUUCUUGAAAAUUUACCAAAAUCCAGCAUUUGAAAUUAAUGACAUAAAAUACACCAGUCUAAAUGUCACUUGGCAACAGAAAUAAAAAAAAC